UUAAGGCCUCCCCGCGCAAUUGAUAGCAGUAUUGAUCCCUGAGUGUGAGUGAGUGUGCCUGUCGUGGCCAACCCGGGAAUCUACUUUUAUCGGAAAGUUUUUUUGAUAAGAUAAGUGGUGCCACGUGACUGCUCCACCGAUCGGAGUCACUCAACUUUUUUUUCUGCCUCGUCCUUCCACCCCUCUUGCGGCAUCGUUCACGUCUGUCGUCACCACAAAUUUCUACGGUCGGUCGCUGCAAAGAUGAAGUGUCAUUUCCGGCGUGGGCAAGGGCAUUAUUGCCUCCAGCACCGGUCUGCUCCUCAAAACGACGGGUCUUACGGUUACCAGCAUCAAGAUCGACCCUUACAUCAACAUCGAUGCGGGCACUAUGGCACCUACCGAACACGGUGAGGUCUAUGUCACUGAUGACGGCGGUGAAAUGGACCUUGACCUUGGCAACUACGAGCGCUACCUGCUCACGUCGCUCACUCGGGACCACAACAUCACCACGGGCAAGGUGUACCAGGAUGUCAUCAACCGCGAGCGGAUCGGCCACUACUUGGGCAAGACCGUCCAGGUCGUGCCCCACAUCACCGACGCCAUCCAGGAAUGGAUCGAGCGCGUCGCCCGGGUCCCCGUGGAUGAGUCCCGCGCCGAGCCGGACGUCUGCAUCAUCGAGUUGGGUGGUACCGUCGGAGACAUUGAGAGUGCUCCCUUCAUCCACGCGCUGAGCCAGCUGCAGCGCAAGGCUGGCAAGGGCAACUUUGUCCAGAUCCACGUCUCCUACGUGCCGGUCAUUCCCCCCGGACCCGGCGGUGAGCAGAAGACGAAACCCACACAGAGAGCCAUUAGCGAUGUGCGGAGUGCCGGUCUCAGCCCGGACCUGAUCGCCUGUCGCUGCGAGCAGCCCCUCGAAGCGAGCACGAUCCAGAAGAUCGCCAACAUGUGCUCGGUGGAGCAACACCAGGUCAUCGCUGUGCACAACGUGACGACGACGUAUCACGUCCCCCUUCUGCUGGAGAAGCAGAAGCUCAUCAACACAAUCACCCAGAUGCUCGAUCUCACGCCCAUCCAACCCACCCCCGAGCGAAUCGAGCGCGGCAGCCGCAUGUGGAAGGACUGGGUCGACCUCGCCCAGGGACAGGACUUCCUGCACGAUCCGGUGACCAUUGCCCUGGUUGGCAAGUACACCUCUCUCCACGACGCCUACAUCAGUGUGUCCAAGGCCCUCGAGCACGCCGCCAUGUUCUGCCACAAGAAGGUCAAGAUCAUCUGGGUGGACUCGUCGCACCUGGAGGACGGAACCGCCCCCGCCGACUACCACAAGGCGUGGCACUCCGUCUGCACCGCGGACGGUGUUCUGGUCCCCGGUGGCUUCGGCAACCGCGGUACGGAGGGUAUGAUGAAGGCCAUCACGUGGGCGCGGACCAACAAGAAGCCCUUCUUGGGCGUCUGUCUGGGUAUGCAGCUGGCGGUGCUGGAGUACUGCCGCAACGUGGUGGGCGUCGAGGACGUUGGUAGCGAGGAGCUGCACCCGGCGGCCGAGAACCACGCCAUCGUCUACAUGCCCGAGGUCGACAAGGGCAAGCUUGGCGGCACGAUGCGUCUUGGCAAGCACCCCUGUAUCUUCCAGGAGAAUACCGAAUGGUCCCGCCUGCGGGGCAUGUACGGUCCCUCGGUCUCGCAGAUUGAGGAGCGCCACCGCCACCGCUACGAGGUCAACCCGGCCAUGAUCGAGCAGAUCGAGAAGGCCGGUCUCACCUUCAUCGGCAAGGACACCAAGGGCGAGCGGAUGGAGAUUGUCGAAAUCCAGGACCACCCCUGGUUUGUCGGCGUGCAGUUCCACCCCGAGUACCUCAGCCGUGUCUUGAGCCCCAGCCGGGCCUUCCUCGGUUUCUUCGCUGCCGCCGCCGGCUGCCUGGACGAGGUCUCCAAGGCCGUUGUCCAGGGCCAGCGCAGCGUGGCUCGCAAGCAAUAGGUCACGGCGAACGGCGCUGGGGGUGUAGAAUGUGUGGAUUACGAAUGGGGAAGAAGCGGUACGACUAGCCUUGCGGGAGUUCCAUUGGGAGGGAUUCUGAUG